UACAGCACAUUGAAGUCAUCAUGGCCUCUCCUCGAUUCCCCAAACAGACCUUAUGUGAAUUGACAUCACCAUCACAACCUCAACCUCAACCAACUCGUUCCCAACAUGACGUCCGCUGCUGGCAUCUACGAUGAUGACUUAAACAUUGCCCACGCCGUCCUGCUCAAGAGCCAGCAGCAGUUCAUCAUCCGGACGACCUUUUCAUGGCUGCCCGUCCUGUCACUCGGCCGCCAACUGUUGACACUGCCGCUCUUUUGCUCAAUCAUCCUCCUCCAGCUGGCAAUCCUCGCUGUGAUUAAAAAUGGCCUUGUUCAAAACUCAUGCCGGAAAAUGGCAAAAACGAAGCCAACCUCGCUCGACGGCCGAAGCCAAAAGCUGUCAAAACCAACCUGGAAGCCCAAAGACACAGCCGAAUCAAGUCUAAAGCCAGCAUCUCCCCCCAAAACAAAUCCGUGGAAUCGAAACCCGAUCCCAGUAGCAGCUUCCGAUCACGAGGAUUCCUCCACCAAGACUCAACCGCUGGCGGACGAAGAAUUUCCAGAGCUGGGCACUUCUGGAGUCGCCGCCGACACUGCGGCCAGCGAGACAGCAGAGACUCACGCAUCUCCGCCGUGCGACGUGUCGAAAUCAAGUUGCUCGACAAAUGAAGAAGCACAAUCCGAAGAGUCUAUUUCUAUCUCUGGCGUUUCUCGAAUCAGCACGCCGACGAGGUUGAUUCUGGAAGAGGAGGCCGACCAGGCUGCCAAGAUCCUUUGGAGACAUCCCUUUGGAUCAAACGUCUAUUUGUACGUGGAAAAAAGCGUGUUCCAAUUGCACCGCGAUAUCCUCACGCGGCGAUCGGGGUGGUUUCGCGACAAGCUCCCUCCACCAAACCAGGAUGGAUCGCCCAUCGAGAUACAUCUACCACACGCCAUCGGAGCAGUGCAGCCUUGCCUCUUCUUCAUGUACACCAAAAACCUCGAGAUUUGCGAGCGAGACACGAACCAACCGCUCAACUUUAUACACAUCCCCCGUUGUGUCCUUGCUUAUUGCGCAGCAGUCAACUUUCAGAUUCCCGCAAUGGCAUCGCGCAUCCUGUCCAUCCUCGAAGACACUUCCAAAGAUCUCUCCACAUACCUCAACGCCUACUACAUCUACAAGGAAAUGGACUACAAAACCAGCAGGUCCAUUGCCACCUAUUUUAUCAAUUCCAUCGAUAUUUUAUAUUCAGAGCCGCUAUUCGAGCUCAUGAAGCCGAUGCGACACGCUCUUGCUGGUCUCUUGGACGCACUGCUUCCGUCUCUGCUGCGUCAACCGUAUUUUCCCGAGAUUCUAUGCAUGCCCUCGUGGAAACGAUGGUCGGCUGCCAUUGCCGCAGACCAAGUAGAAUACCGAACAGCGCUUGGCCACUACCGAUCAUCGGCAGACUCCAUCUUGCCGAGUGAGCUUGAGCUGGGAGCUUUAUUUGAUCGUGUGCUAGGGCAAUAUGACCUAUACCAGAAAAAUAAAGCCUACGCCAAAAAUUAUUCCGAUGAACAGGAGCAUGCCAGAAGGGGCACUCCUGAUAGUCUUGAUGGACGAAACAGCAAAGCUUCAACAUGCAAGUCUUGGGAGAAACGAUACGCCGAUAUCAAAGAGUACAGCGAAGAAGAGUCCACGCUAGUGUACCAAGCUCCAAGUGUUGCGGGAAGCACAGGCAGCGAAACAGGCACCUGGAACUCGUUCGGCACAGACGGCGCCGAAGCAGACGCAGCAGAAGUAGAAUCAGAGAGGCCAUCGACUACCAGCCCUAGAGUGUACCAUAACAGAUGUAUGAGGAGUAAGUCCAAUGCAUCAGCAGCGGGGGGAGGCCAAGGCAUGAGCGGUAAGAAGACGAAAAGAUGAAGAAGAUGAUGAUGAGAAAGAAGAAGAACCCUGGGUAAGACAGUGAGUGGGCGAGAUUUCGAAACUGAUAAUAGAGCAUAUCUGUGUGUGAGUCUGUGAGAUAUUAGAGUAUGGAUGCUAGUAAGUUGGUUUGAAGUUGGGCUUGGAAAGAAAGGAGUCGAGUGUAAGUAUAGAGCAACAUUUGUGUGAGUACAUGAGCAUGAGCAUGAGCAUGAGCAUGAGCAGAAUGAUUUGACAUGAUGUUUCAAUAAUAGAAUGACACGCAAUGCAUAAAUAAAUCAGCCUUUUCAGAUAAUAAUCUCCAUCAAUUGUAGUAGCUCCCGGGUAGGGGGGAUGAAGCCAU